ACCAACAGUACCGAGGGAAACAUCAAUUCAAUCAUCUACUUCGCACAUUGCCAUCCAUAUCGACAGCACCCCGACCGCACCCAGACAGCACCCAGACCGCACAGCGUCAGAUACAACAACAGACACGCCAUGCCGGCGGACAGACUCCUCAAUACGGUCCUGCAGCUUUACCGAUCCGUCCACGAUGAUGCCAAGACGGAUCAGAUUGUCGGCUCAACGACCAGCCUACUAACCACUCUCUCGAACCCGCUCAACAUCGGCGUCCUCACAUCCCAACUCCUCACAGCGCCUGCUAUCUGGAAUCGUCGCGAUGGGCUCCGAACGAGCUUGCGCAUCAUCGGCAUCUACAACACCGCCGCCAUCCGCGUCCGAGACCAAGGCUCCGAACCGUCCUCCCAGCCCCAUCCCCAUCCCCAGCCCCAGCACCCAUACCCCGGUUAUCCCCGUCACCUCCGUCUCGAGGAGUGGACACGUGCCGUCGCCAAAGGGACCGACGACCGAUCGAGUCGCUGGAAGCAUCUGCUCGUUCUGACGGGCGUCCUCAUGGGGAUGGAGGGAAACGGAAGCGAAAGUCGCACCUUGUCGAGCGGCCUUCGGAACACGCUGCAGCAGGCCGUGGUGACGGCUGCCAACUUGGCGCUGGAGACGGUCCCUCGAGACGGUCCAUUGGCGGCGCCGUCGAUUGUCCUGGCGCUCAACUAUGCGUUUCCCCUUCUGUCCGAGGUGCAAAGGAGCUCAAUAAACGGCGAUGCCUUGCUGCCGCUCUCGGUCCAGGCUAUUACAGGGGACGAGGGCUUUCAGCAGGGUGACUUCCUCACAUUAAUUAACAGGGACGUUCACGAGGUCGGACAGCAGCUUCAUUGGGCGCCGGAGACACCGUCGUUUCACCGCCUGCAGUCUCUCGAGGCGAAGCCCCUCAUGGCGGGUAUGGGACCUCUCUCGAAGUUGGCGGCCUUCGCGGUCGAGCAUGCCGCCAACCCGUCGGUGGUCUUGGGGGCUCAUAAUGCGUUAUUGGACUUUAGUCGAUCUGUCAUGCAACAAUGGAGAACAAACAAACUCUCCGGAGUUGACCCGUCUGGAGAACCCCUCCGCUUGACCCCUAACGCCCUGCAGGUCACCACGCCCGUACUUUGGCAGACUCUGCAGAAGAUCCUCUAUGCGACAGUCACCGUUUUGCAAGCGGUUGUGGCACGCAGCCUGUUAGACUCCAGGUUGAGGAGCGAUCAGGUCGCACCCGGCUUGGCAGACGGCACGCUGCGCAUAUUGCGCAAUCUGUUCUUCAUCGGAUCGCGCAACGAGAACAGCGCCUUCCAGACCUAUUCCUUCACCUACCUCACCUCCCUCGACGUCAUGGCACGAUAUCCCGGGGCAAGCACCGCCUUCUUGUCGUCGCUCAAACCGGCCGCACAUUCCAGUGCCGGUGCCGACGACGACUUCCUCCGCCGGACUCUCGACCUGUUCUACCUCAACGUGGCCGAACACUUGCCGCUGCACAUGCCGACAGAGGCAUGCGACGAGCUGAUCGUCCAGCCCGCCACCGCGUACCUGACCCAGAACAGCGCCCCGUCGUCCCUGACGGUCCAGCUCUUCGAGGCCUCCCACAGCGCAAUCCUCUCCGUGCUCGCCUGUCCGCACAACAGCCCCCUCACCCUCCGACUCGUGCCCUUCUACGUCGACACCCUCUUCGCCUCCUUCCCCGCCCACAUCUCCCCGCGCCAGUUCCGGAUCGCCUUCCGCACCGUCAUGCGGAUCGUCUCCCCUCCCUUCCCCAUCUCCGUCACCGAACCGCACCUGUCCGAGACGCUUCUCGAGAUGGUACGGUUCCGCGCCUUGACUGCCGACACGGCGCCCCUGCGACCGAGGCCCGGAGGGGAUGGGAACCAGGGACAGCAACAACAAGGAGAGGAGCAGGAGCAGGAGCAGGAGCAGCAGAAGCAGAAGCAGAAGCAGAAGCAGAAGCAGAAUCUCCUGUCGGAGCAAAGCUCCCUCGUGCUGACGCUCAUCGACGCCCUCCCGUUCCUGCCGCUGCCGCUGGUCGAGGACUGGCUGACCACCACGGCCCAGACCAUGAACGGCAUUGCCGACCACGUGAUGCGCGAGCCUGUCAAGGCGCGGUUCUUGGAAGUCCUCGUGAGCGGGGAGUUGGAUGUCGAGAGGGCGUCUAUCGGCGUUGCCUGGUGGGGGACGAAGGGGGGGAAGGAUCUCGUCUUGGGCCGGGCGCCCCGUAUGGCCCGGCAGGAAGAAGUUAUGAUGAGCGGUGCUAUUGCGGCGGAGGAGAGGACAAGUAAGCUGUGAGGCUGCGAUUUUCUUUCGGGGAGUCUUUGGUUUUAAGUGAAGCGGAUGUGGCGCAUUUGUAAACGGGUUAUAGCAACAUGGCAGAUCAAACAAGGCGGCAAGCGGUUCUAUCGCCCUUGGGAGAAACCAGUAGAAGUAGAUUUCCCAGUCUACUCAUCCACUGAUUCAGAUUAUAGAUUAUAUCUGUCAUAGCGGAUGUUAUGCUCCUCGAAGUUUUGUGCCCCCCUCAUGGA